AUGGAAGAUGGACAACAGUUGAAAGAGCUUGAGAAAGGUGUUACAGAGUUAAGGAAUACAAAAGCAGACUCGACAUGGAUAGCUGGAUAUGUAGAUGCAACAAAAGAACGUAUUUUAGCAUGGACAGAAGGAACAUACCCACAAAAAUAUCAUAGACAUAGCAUCUCUGACGUAAAUGAACUUGAAGAAAAGUUAUAUAAAAAAGCAGACAAAACAGAGCUUCAAACAUUA